UUUAGCAAAGCCCCUCCUUUGGUAGAAACCUAGAAGCAGUGUGGAUAAUGUAUGAAUAUUGUCUAUAUUAUCUUGGUCAUGGAGGUAAGGAACAGUACAAACCCUCUGGUUUCUUUCUUUUUCAGUGCCCUGGAACUCUAAUCUCAUUGCCUGGCCAGAAAAGGAAGUAAUCCCUAGUGUCAGCAGAUUCAGCAGUACUGGAUCACCAAUAUACAACAGGAAAAAACAAAAUUGAAAGAUUAUCAAUAUAGAUUAUUGAGUAGGAGUAAAGAAGGUAAAUCAAAAAGGGGAAAAGAGGAGAUUACAGACACAGAAAAUGUCAGACAACAAAGAAAGGAAGAGUCAAGGAUUUCCUAAAGAAGAUAAUGAAGACACAAGUUCAUUAGCUGAUGCUGUAGAGAAAGUUGCAAAGCAACAACAAUCACAAGCAUCAGAGAUAGAAAAAAACAAAAAGGUUCUGUUCAAUUUGAAGAAUGAACUUCAUGAGCUUGAAAAACAAAUAGCAGCCAUCUCUGCAGAAACUAAAGAAACAGAAAGACAAAUUUAUCAACAAGAUGCUGCCAUAGAGAAUACCAAACUUCAUUGUGAUAGCCUGGAAACUCAAAUCAAAUCCUUACAUUCAGAAAAUGUAAAGCUUAAAUUUGACAUAGAAACAGCCCAAGAGGAUUUUGAGGAACACAUGAUAAAAUAUAAUGCAUAUUAUGCAAAAAUAAAAGCACAUAAAAAUAGUUUGGAGGAAGUAGAAAGCAAAUGGUCAUUUAUGACUGAACUCCAUGAAAAACGAGAUUUUGUUAAAAAAUUAAAGACAAUGAAAGAAGAACUUAUGCAAGAUCUUCAAAAUCCAGGAGGGAACCGAAUAACACAAGUACAGGAAGACAUUACAAAGUUAAAGGAUAAAAUUAUAACUGUAAAAGAAUCUAUCAUUGAAAAAACUUGUUUUCUUGAGGAAGAAAAAAAGACACAUGAAAAAUUAAGAAAAGAAAUAGAGGUACAACAUAAGAGAUAUGAUGCAAUUCUUAAGCGUUUGCAUUGUCAGGUGAACAAGCUUCAGUCAAAUAGACGACAAUGGCAAUGGAACAUUCAACAACUGGAAAAAACUGCAGCCAAAUUAAGAAAAUGCAUUGGAAUGCAAGAGUAACAUUGCCAUAGGGCAAUGUGGAACACAGACCAUGACAACAAAAAUUACGGGACAGAACAUUAAGAAAAUCUUUUGGAUUCUUAAUAACAAGCAUCCACUAUUAGAGGCCUGUCUUAAUGACAGAUGUCUUCGAUUUUUUUUUUAAAUCAGUCAUCCAUUUGUUAAAAUGCCUUCUAACCCUACACCUGAUA